CAACUUUAGUUUUUAUCUACCGUGGUCGGUGGUUCUUUGAUCGACAAUGACAUGAGGCAAGGAGUAUAAAUCGAUAUGAAUCAUUUGAUCCUCUUGCUUCAUAAAUCUCUCGAUAGCAUAUUCAGUGGCGGCAGCAAAUACUGAUGUCCAACGCGAGCCUGCAAGAGAUUCUCGCGCGCUACUCUGAUCCAUCUCAAAACCCAUACGUGCAAGUCCGAUCACAGACGCCCGAGCCGAGUUCAUCGCAGCAUGUGGCGCAAACGCUACAUCCUGGAUUUAACGUGUCCUUACUAGGCACUCCUUCCGCUAACCAGUGGAAAGCAAGAUGGAAGCUAGAUAUGACAGUGUUCGAGAAACCCCUGCAGGUGCUAGACUCUAGAGGAUGUUAUAUCCAGUUUCCGGCUUCGAGGACCCAUUCACAGUCAUGCGUGCAGCAGGUUCUGCCAGAGCAUGCCAACUCUGUCAAGUCUUCAUGCUACACAGAUGAGAAUUUAGGUGCCGUGCCAACCCUUGCGCACGAUGCUGCACCUGUGAAUCAUACACGAUCAGUUCCCGAUGUUCCACACAUGCUCUCUUCCCAAUCCUAUGUUUCCCAAAGGUUCUGGUCCAAACAUCAAUCAGACUCUGAAGCUAUCGAGGAGACAUUGAGUGUCCCGGCUCUUACCCUUGACGUGCAGUCUUCCGCGUCUGGCAGUCAUGUAGACCCUAUCGCUAUCGCCAAUGAAUCAGAUGCAUCGUUCAUGCUAGAUCUAUAUAUGCCGACAAUGAUAGACCCAACAACGGAGAAAGAGAAAAGGGGAACAUAUGAGGAAAAGGCAGACUCAAGAAGGGAGGCAGGGAACAGGGAAGCAGAAAAAUUGGAGAUAGAAAGAAUGGAGAUACAAGAAAUGGAGUUGACAACCAGGGAGGCAGAGACAAGGGAAAUCGAACGAAUAGAAAUAGAGAAACCGGAGAUAGAGAGCCAGGAGUCUACAGUGGCCAACGAGGCAGGGACAAAGAAAGAACCACGAGUGUCUCCAGCCACGAAUACCUCAAAACUCCUUCGAAUAGAGCGCAAGCUUAACAAGAAGGAUCUCUUCAUGGGCUGGUACAAGUCCAGGGGCUCAUCAGAGCUUCGGUACCCGCGCGAGUGCAUAGCACCCAAGAUCGGCGAUGUCUAUGUCCACUCUUGCAAGAAAGAGGGAAUUCCAAAGUUUCAGCUAUGGGUGCGACAGAUCAACCGUGGGAUGACCAUCUGGGUCAAAGCUCACAUUUUCCACAUACACCCCAAAUUACUCGACCGCAGAUUAACGCUGGCGACGACAGGAGAACCCUACUGGUCAACGAGACUUUCGCUUUCGGCUUCGGGAAGUCGGGAGAGAGCUGGCAAGAUUGCAGACAUGAUUCUGUAUUGACUAGCCUGGUGGCUUGGUCCUGCAGACGGUACUACUUUACAUUAGUGCUGACACAGACGAUAAUCCCAUACUACAAUACUACUAUCCUCAGGCAGUCUAGGGACCUUGUACGAUUACUGUUGACUUACUACGAUC